UUAUUUAACGCUUGCUAAUGCCACUCUCGUCGUCUGCAGCAUGUCCGAGAAGAAAAUAGAACAAUGGGAAGUCGAGCGAUACUGGGAGAUCUUCUCUUCGCUCUCCAAUGGCCAACCACACCUGAACAACGCGCAGGCCGCGACAGUCCUAAGGAACAGCCGAUUACGAGACGACCAACUGGAAAAGGUGUGGGAUUUAGCAGAUGUUGACGGAGAUGGCGAGUUGGAUUUUGAAGAGUUUUGCGUGGCUAUGAGGCUUAUUUUUGAUCUUGUGAAUGGGGAAUACGCCGAUGUGCCACAUUCAUUACCAGAUUGGUUGAUUCCGGAGUCGAAGGCGCAUCUUGUCCAAGCUUCGCGUGCCCUCACGGGAAGGCAGCCACAAUUCGAAAGGGUGGAGGAGGAAGACGAUACUCCCGGCCUCAAGGAUGGGUUUGACUGGUACAUGAGCCCAGGAGACAAAUCCAAAUAUGAGGAGAUAUAUUCCGCGAACAGGAACCAUCGCGGGGAGAUAACAUUCGAUUCCCUCCAACCCCUGUACGACUCCCUUGCCGUACCCGACACCGACAUCCGCUCCGCCUGGAACCUCGUCAACCCCUCAGCCUCCUCCACGAUCUCCAAAGAUGCGACCCUCGCCUUCCUCCACAUCCUGAACAACAGACAUGAGGGCUACCGUAUCCCGCGCACUGUGCCCGCUUCGCUUCGCGCUUCUUUCGAAUCCAACAAAAUCGACUACCAACUCGACAGCGUCCGCCCAGCUCAGCGGUGGGGUGCUGACACAGAUGCAGAUACCAGCACAGGCCGUAAAGCUAAAUUCGGUGAUGCUUAUCUCAGCCGGUUAGGCGUUGGCGGACGAACUACAUACCGCCCGCAGGGAACGGAUUUCAGCAACACCAUACAGGAUCAGGAGUGGGAGAAAGUACGGCUACGGCGGGAGCUAGCGGAGUUGGAAAAGAAGCUGGAGGCUGCUGACGGCGCGAUGGAGUCGAGGAAAGGUGGAGGUGGCUCUGUUAAUGGUGGGCCCAAUUGGACACUCAUCAAGAAGGAGGCGUUGCAGUUGCUAGAAUAUAAAGAAAGGGAGUUGCGGGAGCUUAGAGAGGGGACAGGUAAGGUCAAAGAAGGAGAGAGCCUGGAGAGGUUGAGGGAGGAUGUUAAGACGGUUGGCGACCAGGUGGAAGGCUUGAAGGCACAUUUGGCGAAGAGGAAUGAGACAUUGACUGAGUUAAAGGAUCAGAUUCGGGAGGAGAAACGGAGUCGGUGACGUGGUAUGGUGCGGCAUUGAGGGAGAGGUAGAGGUGAAGAAAUUCCUCUUUGAGCUUUUUCGAUUGUCAAGUCGGGGGCCUCCCCUCCUUUUCCUACCUGUAACUAGUACAUAUUAUACCAUGUCUUCAUUUCUUCCACC